CCCGCUGACCCCUACUUGCUGAUUUCUUCAUGUUGGUUCAACAUUAACCCAGAGGAGCCAGAUCGGCCUGCCUGUGAUCCCUACGUCCACAGCUUCUCCAUGAGCACCAUGAUGGGUGUUCAGGGCCUGACCCUACAAAGCUACCUGACCCUAGGAGUCUUGCUCUCCCUUGCCCACUGUGAACAUGUUUUCCUAGGCCAGCAGCAGGCACUGUCUGUGCUCCAGAGGGUUCGGCGGGCCAACAGGGGCCUCCUGGAAGAGAUGCGCGCGGGAAACCUCGAGCGGGAGUGUCUGGAGGAGCUGUGUAACUAUGAAGAGGCCUUUGAGGCUCUGGAGUCAACCACAGCCACGGAUGAAUUCUGGAGCAAGUACAAAAAUUGUGAAUCUGUGAGGACAACCUCAAGAGACAUUUUUGACAACUGCCUAAAAGGGAAUUGUGCACAGGGCCUAGGGGCGAAUUACCGGGGCAACAUCUCUGUCACCAAGUCUGGCAUUGAAUGUCAACUGUGGAGGAGCUACUAUCCACACAAGCCAGACCUCAACUCCUCCACACACCCUGACUCUGACCUCCGGGAAAAUUUCUGCCGAAACCCGGACGGCAGCUCCACUGGCCCCUGGUGCUACACCACCGACCCGACCCUGCGGCGAGAGGAGUGCAGCAUCCCCAUCUGCGGAAAGGACAGCUUCACUGUGCCUCUGACCCCAAGAAGCACCAACCAGUUGGGACCAAGGAGCUCACAGCCUUGUAUCCUUGAUGAGGGCCAGACAUACCAAGGACACCUUGCUGUCAGUGUAUCUGGGACCCCCUGCCUGCCCUGGGCCUCUGAAGAGCUGAAGCCGGUUCUCCAGGGAUACAGUUUUGACCCUGCUGUGUCCCUGGAGGAGAACUAUUGCCGAAAUCCGGAUGGUGACGAGGAGGGCCUCUGGUGCUUUGUGGCUGGGAACCCCAUUGGUCUGGAGUACUGCCCAACCACUUACUGCGACAGCCCCCUGGAUGAGGCGGAGGGAGACUUGGAGCCGGAGACCAUAUCGGGCCGCAGCACGGCUCAGGAGUACCAAGUGUUCUUCAACGAGAAGACCUUCGGUUCCGGGGAAGCAGGCUGUGGGCUCCGGCCCCUGUUUGAGAAGAAGGGCCUGAAGGACAACAGUGAGAACGAGCUGCUGGAUUCCUACAUAGGCGGGCGCAUAGUGAACGGGGAUGACGCGGAGCUGGGCAGCGCCCCCUGGCAGGUGAUGCUUUUCCGGAAGACCCCUCAGGAACUGCUAUGUGGGGCCAGUCUCAUAAGUGACCGAUGGAUCCUCACUGCUGCCCACUGCCUCUUCUACCCGCCGUGGGACAAGAAUCUAACAGUGGAUGAGUUGCUUGUGCGAAUUGGAAAACAUCAGCGCUCCAAGUAUGAGCGCUCCAUGGAGAAGAUUGCCAAGCUGGAGAAGAUCAUCCUCCACCCCAAAUACAACUGGAAGGAGAAUCUGGAUCGAGACAUUGCCCUGCUGAAGCUAAAGCAGCCCAUCACCUUCACCGACUUCAUCCACCCCAUCUGCCUGCCCUCCAAGGAGACUGUGAAGAAGUUACUGCUGUCUGGGUACAAAGGGAGGGUCACUGGUUGGGGCAACCUGAGGGAGACAUGGACCUCUUCGAGAGACAGCCUGCCCAGCGUUCUGCAGAAAAUCAACCUCCCCAUCGUAGAGCAGAAGAUCUGCCAGGACUCCACCAGGAUCAAGAUCACAGACAACAUGUUCUGUGCAGGGUACAAACCGGAGGACGACCGACGAGGAGAUUCCUGUGAAGGGGACAGUGGGGGGCCUUUUGUUAUGAAGAGCCCUUCUGACAAUCGCUGGUACCAAAUGGGCAUCGUGUCCUGGGGUGAAGGCUGCGACCGGGAUGGAAAAUAUGGCUUCUACACUCAUGUUUUCCGUCUCAAGAGGUGGAUGCAGAAAGUCAUUGAUCGAAUUGGACAUUAGGGGGCCACCGUUAAAGUCCUAUCCCCACCCCCGAGUAAGGAGCAUGAACUGGAAAGGCCUCCCUCCCCGGUGAAGUGGGAGGGGUUUGUUUGUUUUUUAUUUCUAAAAUAUCUAUUUCCCAAUAAAAGUCUUUCCCCUCUA